GAAUUUUAAUUUAAAAGUUGAAUUUUGAAAUCAAAACUUCUGUUUUUGUUCAACGGGCAACAAGGAGUUUUCGAAACUGCUCCUUCUUUUUCUUUUUUUGUUCUCUCUUUCUUUCCGUCAAUCUCUUGCGAGCUCCACUAUGUCCCAAGGGAUAGGUAGCCAGGCAUCGGCUUCAUCCCCUCAUCGGAGAACCACCGGUCCUGUAAGGCGAGCAAAUGGUGGUUGGACAGCAGAGGAGGAUGAGACAUUAAGAAAUGCUGUUGCAGCCUUUAUGGUAAAGAGUUGGAAAAAAAUAGCUGAGUUUUUCCCUGAUAGAUCAGAUGUUCAAUGUCUGCACAGAUGGCAAAAAGUUCUUAGUCCAGAACUUGUUAAAGCAUCUUGGACUAGGGACUGACGCAACAUUGCUAAGGUUUCAUUUUGGAAUUCCAAGAAUUUUUCAUGGGAAAAAAAAUAUGGAAUGUACUGGUUUCAAUAUUUGUAAGUUGGGGUUGAAUUUUAAGACUGGUAAGGAGAGGGUUUUAAAAAAUAAGAUUUUUUUUCUUUAAUCUUUUUUGGAUAUGGAUAAUGCCAUUUUUUUAAUAAUUUAGAGAUUUGAACAGUUAAAUC